UAGUUCUCCACCUCCAGGUUAUAUCACUGUUUUUUUUUUGUUUUGUUUAUAAAUUAAUCAUGCUGCGGCAAUUUUUGAUCAGCGCAGUCUCGCGUCGAGUGGUGCUACCCAUAGUCGCCACACACCGCUUUGCCAGUGGCACCCUGGACAAAACUGAGUUUACAACUCCCUCGCAGAUAGUGGACUAUGAUGAUCCGCCGCAUUUGCCAGUGCCUGAGUACCCAGUCCGACCUGACGAGCCACUAGAGACGCGAAAGCAGAGGCUGCUGUAUCAGAGUCGGAAGCGUGGCAUGCUGGAGAAUGAUCUGCUCCUCAGCACAUUUGUGGCCAAGCACCUGAGAGACUUCUCCGCCGACCAGACAGCCCAGUACGACGAGCUCAUCAAUGGCGUGAGCAAUGACUGGGACAUAUUCUACUGGGCCACCGAAACAAAGCCCACGCCGCCGGAGUACGAUACGGAAAUAAUGCGAAUGCUUAAGCAGCAUGUGAAGAACGAGGAGCGCGUGCAGCGUAUACGGCAGCCAGACUUGUAGGGGGAGCUUUGAUGUCAAUCCAGAUAUAUGAAUGGCAUUUCACAGCACAUUAUAAAUAUAUGUAUUUGUUUGUUUAACUAAAGCACUGAAUUGCUUGCAAUAAUUACUGUAGGAAACGGAUUCAUGGUUUCCAUUGCCCUCACCCCUAGUCCCAGUUGAAACACAAUUUGCACUUCCUGAAAUACACAUCCAUACAAUAUAUUUUAAACGAUUAUCCAGUUAAUUGAAUUCAUGCUUGCCGUACGCUCGUGUAUGUUCGACCUUUAUAUAUAGAGUAAAUGUUAUUGGCUUACAUCA